GGCGACCAAACUCGACCCUCCCGAUUUACGGAAUCCCGCCAAACACGGCCCACACACCCUCCUACACGUAGGUGCACAGUACACGCACCACGCCAGCCCACCAUGCCGUCAGAUAAAGCAGCCUACCUGGCAGCGCACUACCUCACCGCCGAGACAAAACCGAGCUCGUCCAAGAAGCGCAAACGCAAGCAGACGGCUGCCAGCUCGGGGCUCAUAAUAGCCGAUGACGACGAAACAGGCUGGGACGCCAGCCGCCACAAGAAUGCCGAGGCGGAAGACGACGACAUCCCCAUGACAAUCGCGGGAACAACAACCGAGUUCCGUCGCGCCAAGAAAUCCGGCUGGAAGACCAUCGCCGGCAGCACUUCCACCAACGCCCGCUCACCAUCAUCCAAAGAAGAUGCCGCCUCCGCAGCAGCGGCAGACGCCAUCAUAGCCUCCGUCGCCGCUGAACGCACUGCCGCAGCAGCGGCCGAGGAAGCCGAAGCCGAAGCCGACAUCCCUCUCAUGUCCAACGGCGCGCAAGCAGGCCUGCAGUCCGCCGCGGCCCUCAGCGCACAGCUCAGACGCCGGCAGCAGCUCGAAGCCGAGGAACUGGCUGCACUCAAGCGAGCCAACCAGCAGCAGCAGGAACAGGAAGAAGUGAUCCUACGCGACGCGACGGGGCGGAGAGUGGACGCGUCGCUGCGGCGGGCUGAGAUGCGUCGGCAGCAGCAGGAGGCGGAGCGGGCGGCGCGCGAGAAGCAGGAGCUUUUGCGCGGGGAAGUCCAGGCGGCGCAGGCGAAGGAGAGGCGGGAGCGGCUGGAGGAGGCGGCGCUUAUACCGCUUGCGAGGGGGAAGGAUGAUGCCGAGUUGAACGAGGAACUGAAGAGGCGAGAUCGGUGGAACGACCCUAUGGCUCCGUUCUUGGGGGCAAACGAUGGUGAUGGCGGUGGUGGGGGGAAAGGGAAGAAGAAGCGGGCGGGGAAGAGACCGGUGUAUACGGGGCCUGCGCCGCCGAAUCGGUAUGGGAUACGGCCCGGCUAUCGGUGGGACGGGGUUGAUCGGGGGAACGGCUUUGAAGCGGAAAGGUUCAAAGCGUUGAACCGACGAGAGAUGAAUAAAGGGCUGGAUUAUGCAUGGCAGAUGGAUGAGUAGAGAGUGUUUGGACUACCGGCGGGGUGCUUGCUCGGUCCAUUUACAGCCAACAGGCAGAUUGUUGCAAUCUGUUGUUGGGGAUAAGAACCCAUCAACCACGCAGGACGCAAUUGUCCAACCGAAAAGCAUUGCGGGCCUACAUGAUCUACCCGCUGAUUCUCUGAA